AUGUCUUCACCAGAACCAGAUACUCCUGAAACCCCACCACCUAUAACAUACAGCACCCCACCAGCCCUUAUAGCCUUUACACUCGCUGUGGUUGUUGUUUGCUUUAUAUGUUUCACCAUUGUAUAUUUCUGCAGGUGUUGUUUUGUUGGCAUUUUUCAAAAUUGGGCAUUUCAACGAUCAACCUCAGGCACCCUUGUUAAUAUUUCUCCCAAUGUAUCUCCUUAUAGAGGCCUCGAUCCUUCUCUGCUACAAGCCUUCCCAACCUUUCUCUAUGCCUCCGUUAAGGAUCUUCGCAAAGAGAAGUAUAGCCUCGAAUGCGCCAUUUGCUUGUUGGAGUUCGAAGAAGAUAGCAUGAUGCGGUUGUUGACCGUUUGUUGCCAUGUCUUCCAUCAAGAAUGCAUUGAUCUCUGGCUUAGUUCACACAAGACAUGCCCUGUUUGUCGUACGGAUCUUGAUUCACCAACCAACGAAACGCGAAAAUCUCAUGAACUCGGCGAGGACUAUCUUCAUGCAGAGGAAGAGAGAAGGAAUGAUGUGUGUAUUGAUGUAAAAGAAGGGGAAGAUGAUCAAAGACACGAUGAUGAGCAUGUUUCAAUGAGUAUGAUGAACUUGCAACGGGCACACUCAACGGGGCAUUCCAUAGUUAUGAUUAGAGGAGGAGAUAAUAAUGGAGGAAAAAGUGAUGAUAAAUAUACGUUGAGAUUGCCGGAACAUGUAGCGGUGAAAAUUGUAAGAAGAGGUCAUAACUACACCAAGAGUUGUUCAAGUUACAAUGAGAUGACAAGGCCUGUUGCACCUUGUAGUAAUUGUGGUUAUGUUCAAACUGUAAUUGGUUCCUCUUCACGUAGCGGUACACAAAAUAUUUAA